AUGGCUGAUCAAGACGAAUUUGCGCAAACUCGCGGAGCGGACGACCUAUUCGAUGAUGAAAUCAUUCCAAUUUCAGGCGACCAAGAAAUCCAACAGGUUACCGAGACGGCUACCGAACAAGAGCAUCAGCAACAGCUUACAGAUGUCGCGACGCAACAAGCCGCUCCUACGCCGAGAAGAAACCGGGGACAUGGUCGUGGGGCAGCGCAUGCCGAUGGUGGUCGGGGUAGGGGUCGAGGAAGAGGGCGUGGUGGUAGAGGUAGCUCUGAUACGGGGCCUAGAAAGGACGCUGCUGUUAAGGAGGCUACAACGGAGACAGUAGAGACAACAAAGGAUACGGAAUCCACUGAAAAGAGAGAUGAUACAGCAGAGGCGAAGAAGGAAGAAGAGGCCGAGAGUAAGACGGCGACAAAAACGGAGAAUGCGCGAGUGCAGGCGGUCCGAGGUGACCGCAGUGGUACUGGUGGGAUCAAGAAGCCCAAACUCACCGAGGAGGAAUUAGCAGAACGCAUGGCAGCUGCUAAACUCAAGGCCGCCAAAAAGGCAGCGGCGUAUGCUCGCGCAGAGGCCGACGAAGCCUCAUUUCAGCAAAGAGAGAAAGUCGCCGCUGAAAAGCGCCGUCAGGAAUUGGCGAAUCGAAAAGUGAUGGAUAGCGAACGUGAGCGCAAUAGGAUGCGCAAGCUUGGCGCGCAAACAGGUCGGGAAUGGGACGCUGAAAAGAAGGAAGAAGAUUACAAUGGGCGUCGAGGCGGAGGGAGUCAGUAUCGCCGUGGGAUGCAUGGCGCAGUCUCUGGGUUUGCGCGACGGACAGAUCAGCUGUCUAACGGUCUAGAGAUGUUUGAUGAUUUCCCCGAAUUUCGCGGAAGAGGUGGUCGGGGUAGGGGGGGCCGUGGUCGAGGACGCGGCGGCGCUGGACGAGGUGGUCGAGGAGAUUCUCAGAAUGCCCAUGACCGUCCAGCACCGCGAACUGCACCAGGAAUCAACAACGAGACCGAAUUCCCGUCUCUUCCUGGUAAACAACCGUCCAAAGAGCAGCCUGCACAGACAGAAAAUACCUCCACGACCGACAAGCUCUCAAUACCAGCAGUGGAAAAGGUUGCUUCGCCUGGUUCGCCUUUGUCACCAGCAGAAGGUACCUGGGCAGAGCAAGUUGAGUCCAGUGAAGCACUAUAA